AUGGAGAUCCCACGGGUAGAUCUGGCCCACACAACUGGCGCUGCGGCAAGCCCAGCGACCUCCUUCUCGACCUCCGAUUCCGAACAUGAUGAUGUCGGACGCCCCGAUUAUCUCGAUCUACCAGUCCGCGUUGUCAGUGAUACUGCCGACUUUCGUGAAUAUACCGAAGAGACUGCGGCUGGUGAAAUCAUUAAGCCCAUCAAGUCCAAUGUGACCGGUAAAAUGGAGGAUUGGAAGAUGGUGACCUUCACCCUCGACGACAAGGAUAACCCCAAGAACUGGUCUAAGCUAUACAAGUGGUACUGCACCAUGGUGGUUGCCUGGACCUGUUUCGUUGUCGCCUUCGCCAGUAGUGUUAUUACCGCCGACAUCGAAGGACCUAUCGAGGACUUCGGCAUCAAGCGUGAAAUCAGUUUGCUUGUUAUUACAGUUUUCGUUAUUGGGUUCGGUCUCGGCCCAAUGGUCUUUGCUCCCAUGUCAGAGAUGUUCGGACGUCGACCUGUAUACGCUGUCACCCUUGGGAUCGCCGUUGUUUUCGUCAUUCCUUGUGCCGUUUCCAAGAACAUCGGAACCCUCAUUGCUUGCCGUCUGAUUGAUGGUAUUGCCUUCAGUGCUCCCAUGACUCUCGUCGGUGGUACUCUGGCAGAUCUUUGGAAGAGCGAGGAGCGAGGAGUUCCCAUGGCAGCUUUCAGUGCUGCGCCUUUCAUUGGACCCGCCAUCGGCCCUCUUGCUGGUGGCUUCUUGGCUGAUAACUGUGGCUGGCGCUGGUUGUACUGGAUCCAGCUCAUUCUCUCCUUUAUCGCCUGGGUUCUGAUCACUUUCACUGUCCCCGAGACCUACGCACCAAUCCUGCUGAAGCAGCGUGCUGCCAAGCUUCGCAAGGAGGAGAACGACCCCAAGUACACUACCGAAGCUGAGCUCGAUCCUCGUCCCACGAGCGAGAAGCUGCGAAUCUUCCUCUUCCGCCCCUUCCAGCUCCUGUUCCUCGAGCCCAUCGUUCUGUUUAUCUCUCUCUACAUGUCAGUUCUGUACGGCUUGCUCUACAUGUUCUUUGUUGCCUACCCCGUCGUCUACCAGGGUGGCAAGGGGUGGAGUGCAUCUUCCACCGGUCUAAUGUUCAUCCCCUUGGCCAUUGGUGUGCUCAUGAGCGCUGCCUGUGCUCCCUUUGUCAAUAAGCACUACCUCAAGAUCUCUGCCCAAUACGGUGGCAGACCCCCUGCGGAGAAGCGUUUGAUCCCCAUGAUGUGGUCUUGCUGGCUCAUUCCUAUCGGUCUCUUCAUCUUCGCUUGGACCUCCUACCCCCGUAUCCAUUGGAUCGGACCUGCCAUGGGAGGCUGGCCCGUUGGAUUCGGUUUCAUCUUCCUUUACAACUCCGCCAACAACUACCUUGUCGAUACCUACCAGCACCAGGCAGCAUCUGCCCUCGCAGCCAAGACCUUCAUCCGUUCUAUGUGGGGUGCCUGUACCGUCUUGUUCACUGAGCAAAUGUACGAACGUUUGGGCUUCCAGUGGGCCAGUUCGCUCCUUGCCUUCAUUGCUCUGGCUUGCUGCGCUAUUCCUUAUGCCUUCUACUUCAAGGGUGAGGCCAUUCGCCGCUUCUCGCGGUAUGCCUUCAGCGAUGAUGAGGAGACUCCCAUCAAGGCUUAA